AUGGCAAAGGUAGAGCAACGGAUACCAACAAUAACGUGCCCAACUGUGAAUUGCAAGUCAAUGCUUGAGCUUGACACGUGUAGGGCUUUGAUUUCGAAAGUUGUGAGUGAUCUGUGGGAAGAUAUUCUGUGCGAGGAGCUGAUAAAAGUAUCAGAAAGAUUUUAUUGCCCAUAUAAGAACUGCUCAAGAUGGUUUCUGAAGGACGUGGUUGAUGAGAAACCAGAGAAGGUUAUUAGAGAAUCAGAUUGUCUGUUCUGCCACAAACUAUUUUUUGCUGCUUGUUAUGUUCCAUGGCAUUUGGGAAUUGAGUGGGAAGAGUUUCAGAGGAUGAAUGACAAUGAAAGAGCAAAUGAAGCUCUUAUGCUGAGAAAGCUUACCAAAGAGAGAAAUGGAGAAGGUGUCCUAAUUGCAAUUUCUAUCUAG